AUGACAGUGAAAGGACUUUGCCGACGAGAUGCGACACUUCUAACUGCAGAAGCAGCCCUUAAAUAUAUGCUACGAAAAUUAAAUAACCAAAAAACAAGUUUAUCUAAAUCUCUGGUGGAAGCUAUAAGAAAGCACAUAUCGGAAAGACGACAACCUAUGACUGCAAUUUUACAGUUUCUUCAUAACCCGGAAGAAUAUUUCAAAGAAAAUGCAGAGACACGCCGAGAUAACCAUCCAGAGUUUCCUAGAAUGAGUUGUGAUGAAAUGAUUACGUCAAUUACUGAACUUAUUCAUCGAUUGCAAGAACAGACUCUCAACUCUCUACAAAACAGGAGUGCGAUGAGCUCACCUGCUGCCGAUUAUGCUUCUGGUGAAAAGGAAACAAGUGAAGAUGACACAGGUACUAAUAGCAGUACUUCAUCUGUGAUGGGGAAGGAACUUAAUAAAGCAAUAGAAAAAUCUAUGACCAAAAAGCAAAACAGAUCCCAGAUCGGCGAGGAAGAAGAAGAUAACAUUCAAACAUUAAUUCGAAUUGAAAUGAAAUUGUAUGAAAAUGGAGGUACGGGAGGCAGGUUUUCGGACGCAGCUUACAAUUAA